CAUAAAAAGCGCCCGAACAUCGUCACAUCCGGCAAGGGUUGUCUUUGGGCCACCGCGCGCAUGUGUAGUCCUCUUUACGACUCGGCUGGCGAAGAUGGCGGACGCUCAGAACGAGAGGGCUUAUCAGAAGCAGCCCACCAUCUUCCAGAACAAGAAGCGUGUUCUGGUUGCUGAUGGCAAAGAAAGUGUCAAGGAGAAGCUUCCACGCUAUCACAGAAAUGUUGGCCUGGGCUUCAAGACCCCAAGAGAGGCUAUUGAAGGCACUUACAUUGACAAGAAAUGCCCCUUCACCGGAGAUGUGUCCAUCCGUGGCCGUAUCCUUUCAGGCGUUGUGACCAAGAUGAAGAUGCAGAGGACCAUCGUCAUCAGGCGAGACUACCUGCAUUACAUCCGCAAGUACAACAGGUUCGAGAAGAGGCACAAGAACAUGUCUGUCCAUCUUUCCCCCUGCUUCAGGGAUGUAACACCUGGAGAUGUCGUCACAGUUGGCGAGUGCCGACCCCUCAGCAAAACUGUGAGGUUCAACGUCCUGAAAGUCACCAAGGCAGCCGGCGCCAAGAAACAGUUCCAGAAGUUCUAAUUUGGCAUCAGGAGAACGCCAAAUGUGCUGUAUUUGGACCGAGAAAUAAAAACAUCUGUUGUAUACAUAA